AUGAUUACAGCGUUUGCUGGGUCCAAGGCUGCCGAGGGAUUUUUGUUGAAUGUCAAUUGGCGAUGGGGCUUUGGGGCGUUCGCGAUCAUCUUUCCUUGUGUCACUGCUCCGUUGUUUGCAGUGUUGAAGGUCAACGAGUACAAGGCUAAGAAACAAGGUCUUUUGGUCCGAGGGAGCAGUGGUCCAUUUACCAUUGGCAGAGUUUGGAGAGGUAUUCUUGACUUUGAUUUGCUUGGUGUCAUCCUGGUCGCUGGCGGUUUGACAGUGUUUUUGCUGCCGUUCAACCUGGCAACAUCAGCUCCGAAGGGAUGGUCGACCGAUUACAUCAUUGCCAUGAUUGUUACUGGUAUUGUCAUGUUGGCUUUGUUUGCUCUGCAUGAGAUUUACCUUCCUCCCGCGCCGUUGUUGAAGCAGCAAUACCUGAUGAACCGAACCGUUGUCAGUAAUCUGAAAGUGACCGAGGCUGGAUACUUCAACAGCACAUUCUCAGUUGUGUCAGGGUUCCUGUUAUUCUGCGUGGGUUACCUGAUCCGCAGAACUGGUCACUCCAAAUGGCUUUUGGUCAUCGCAGUGCCCCUUUACAUUUUCGCUUUGGGUCUCAUGAUCCACUUCCGUCAGCCCAACCAGUACAUUGGCUACAUUGUCAUGUGCGAGAUUUUCAUCUCGAUUGGUGGUGCCAUCAUCACACUCAUCGUGCAGCUGGCAGUUCUCGCAUCAGUCGAUCACCAACACGUUGCUGCCGUCUUGUCGUUACUGUACAUCAGCGGCGGCGUCGGUGGAGCCAUCGGCAACACAAUCUCUGGCACCCUCUGGACAAACACGUUCGAGAAUGGACUUAAUCUGAAUGUGAACAAGAUAAAGCAGACCAAGGGCGUGGUCUUCUAA